AUGGAGACAACCAUGACCGACACAACCACGACUGACACAACCACCACAGAGACGUCCACCACUGACACAACCACCAUGGAGACAAUCGCUGAGAUGGCCACCACCCCCAUGACCUCCGCUCCAAACAUCCCGAUCUCCAAAAACGGAAGCAGCAACGGGACCCAAACCUCUGUCUCCUCCCACACCACAGUCUUCCCUGCCACAGGCAACACCACAUACUUCCAGUCCAGCAGCAGCUCCGCAGGCAACACCACAGCCAACAGCACCGCAGUGCCCAUCUCUAGCAGCACUGCCAUCUCCCACACCAAUGCCACUGCGAACAGCAGCAACUGGGUCACCCACUUCGGCACCAACACAACCAACAGCACCUCCGUGGUUCCCACCUCCCCCACAGGUGGUGGCACGGUGAUCCCCACCUCCAGCACCAAAGGCAACGGGAGCAGCAGCACUCAGGUCACCCCCACGCAGAAAACCCCUGUCACCGCUGUGGGCAGCACAGCUCCCAGGCAGACCCCCACAGCUGUGCAGGGCAGCAGCAGUGGUCCCAACCCCAGCAAAACCACCACGGCCCAACUGCUCCUCCGCGUCCUGCUGUCCUUCCACAUCCUCAACAGGAGCUUCAACGAGAGCCUGCACGAUCCCAUGUCGAAGGAUUACAGGAGCCUGAGCCACACUGUCUUGACCAUGUUCCAGUAUGUCUUCGGCUGUGCGACAUGCAUGGGCAGGCAGACCUACAAGGGAUGCAGUGAGCUCCGUUUCAGCCAAGGCUCGGUGGCGGUGCAGUCCACCCUCGUGUUUGGGCACGGCAAUGGCACCAUGACCAGCGACACCGUUGCGCAGCAGCUGAAGGACAAGCUGGACCAGAACAACUUCAUCAUGGACCUGCAGCUGGCCAGAAUCCAGAGCACUGUGGAGGUGAUGUCCCCAGCACCGGCGCCUGUGGUCCCGGAUUGGGCCAUUGCUUUGCUGGUCCUGGUCUGCAUCCUGCUGCUGCUGAGCAUCCUCACCUGCCUUCUGAUGACCACCUGCACCUGCCGCCAGAAAAGCCGAGGGAAGCUGGACUUCUUCAGCACGAAGGACUCCUACCACCCCAUGGCCGA